AUGAGCAAUCAACGCCGCAAUCACCUCCUCUUGAGCAGUCCUCGCACAGCCUCCAAUCUCUUGAUUACAAUCCUCAAUCUCGAAAAUCAACCAAACAUUUACACAACCGAAAGAUCCAAACAUGGAUAUUUCUUCUUCGACAGCUUUCACACCCGGAAGUAUCUCUUCACUGCCGAUUCACCACAUAUGAGAGAUUGGACGCAAGAGGAUAGAAAGAAAUCUCUGGCAGCUCAUCAGUCCUGCUUCGAAACUUUGCGUGAUCAUGCUAUUGUCGCAGAAUCAGAAGGGAAAUUCGCUUAUGUUAAAGAACAUGCGGCUUGGCUCAUAAAUCCUGUUGCGCUAACGAAAUUCAUUUACGAUGAAGAAGUUGGGGAAGAAGAAUGGACUGUAAAAGCUUUUGACAGUCAAACACGUUCCAUCGGCAAUGAUACGCUUCUACCAGAUGAAUUUUUGAAGGAAUGGAUGCCAACGUUUUUAAUUCGUCAUCCUGCAUUGGUUAUCCCUUCAUUCUUCAGAGCUCGUCAUGACGUGGAGGGAUUAGAAUAUGCGAGAAAAGAGUGGAAAUGCUGGAAAUUGGACAGGACGAUGAAAUGGUCGAGAGAUUUGUAUGAUUGGUACCGUUCUCAAGGUACAGAGGAGCCAAUCGUUCUCGAUGCUGACGAUAUCAUGACGAACCGCGAUAUCAUGGUUAAAUAUGCGAAAAUGAUAGGAGUAGAUCCUACGAGAUUGAGGUUUUCGUGGGACGUGGAGUCGACCGAGAAAGACUGGGGAGAAUCGACGUCUGCUUGGAGAAGGAUGAGCUCUACAUUGCGAUCUUCUUCUGGGAUUUUGGAAGGGAAAACUUCAGCUGGGCUAGUUGUUGAAGAAGAGGUGGAAAAGUGGAAAGAGGAGUUUGGAAAUGAGAUGGCGGGGAACUUGGAGACUUGGGUAAAAGAUGCCAUGCCACAUUAUGAACAUAUGAAAGCCAAGCGGCUUACUUAA